AGAGUAUGAAGCGCGUUUAGAGAGAUACAGCGAACGGAUAUGGACGUGCAAAAGCACCGGAAGCAGCCAGCUGACGCACAAAGAGGCUUGGGAGGAGGAGCAGGAAGUUGCUGAGCUCUUGAAGGAGGAGUUCCCCGUCUGGUAUGAGAAACUGGUACUGGAAAUAGUCCACCACAACACUGUGUCUUUGGAAAAGUUGGUGGAUGCAGCUUGGCUGGAGAUCAUGACCAAAUUUUCAGUGGGAGAAGAAUGUGACUUUGAGGUUGGUAAAGAGAAAAUGUUGCCUGUGAAAGUUGUGAAAAUACACCCUCUGGAGAAAGUUGAUGAAGAGGCCUCGGAAAAGAAAUCUGAUGGAGCCUGUGAUUCCCCAUCCAGUGACAAGGAGAACUCCAGCCAGGCAGCCCAGGACAACCAGAAAGAAGCUGUCCUGAAAGAGGAGGACAACAGGAGGGACAGUAUCAACGAUCGAGCACGUAGGUCUCCUCGGAAGCUUCCCACUUCUUUGAAGAAGGAAGAAAGGAAGUGGGUUCCACCUAAAUUCCUGCCACAUAAAUAUGAUGUCAAGCUGAAAAAUGAAGAUAAGAUCAUCAGCAACGUACCAGCAGAUAGCUUGGUCCGUACAGAGCGCCCUCCCAACAAGGAGAUCCUGCGGUACUUCAUCCGUCAUAAUGCGCUACGGGCCGGCACGUGUGAGAAUGCCCCGUGGGUAGUGGAGGAUGAGCUAGUGAAGAAAUACUCUCUCCCCAGUAAAUUUAGUGACUUCUUGCUUGACCCACAUAAGUAUAUGACUCUCAACCCUUCAACCAAAAGGAAGAACUCUCAAUCCCCUGACAGAAAGCCCUCGAAGAAAUCCAAAGCUGAUGGAUCAUCCCUGGGUCAGCCGCUGAGCCCCACCCUGUGGUGCCAUGUGCAUUUGGAGAAAUCUAUUAUUGGCUCUCCACUGAAGGUGAAAAACUCUAAGAAUUCCAAGUGUCCUAAAGAGGAGCUGGAAGAGGUGAUGAAAAUUGUGUCACCUGCUAAACUUGCUUCGAACUUUCACAUUCCAAAGAGGAGCCGACUGGGGAAAGGCGGCAACAAAUCCUUGGACAAAAAGCAAAGAGGCAAAAGGGUUCUGAAUGGACAGAAGUCAUCCGGGAAAUCAAAGUCUCCUAGGAAAGGCUUGAAGACCCCUAAGAUGAAAAUGAAACAGAUGACUCUACUGGAUAUGGCUAAAGGUACCACUAAGGUGUCCAGGGCUCCCAGGAAUUCUGGAGGCACCCCUCGGUCUUCCAGCAAACCCCAGAAACACCUGCCUCCUGCAGCACUCCAUCUCAUUGCCUAUUACAAAGAAAACAAAGACCGGGAAGACAAGAAGAGUGCUCUUUCCUGCAUCAUCUCCAAAACUGCCAGGUUACUCUCCAACGAGGAUCGUGCCCGGCUCCCUGAGGAUUUGCGAGGGUUAGUACAGAAACGCUACGAGCUUCUGGAGCACAGGAAGAAGUGGGCCAGCAUGACGGAGGAGCAGCGAAAGGAGUACAUGAAGAAGAAAAGGGAGAAGCUGAAAGAGAAACUGAAGGAGAGAGCAAAGGAGCGGAAAGAGAAGGAGAUGAAGGAGAAACUGGAAAAACAGAAAAGAUACGAGGACCAAGAUCUUAAAGGGAAGACCUUGCCUACUUUUAAACUGGUUGAUACUCCAGAAGGACUUCCAAAUACGCUCUUUGGGGAUGUCGCCAUGGUGGUGGAGUUCCUCAGCUGUUACUCAGGGUUAUUGAUGCCAGAUGCUCAGUAUCCCAUUACGGCAGUUUCCCUGAUGGAAGCGCUUUGCGCAGAAAGGGGAGGCUUCCUUUAUUUGAACCGAGUCCUGGUCAUUCUCUUGCAGACCCUGCUGCAGGAUGAGAUUGCUGAAGAUUACGCCGAGCUGGGAAUGAAGCUUUCGGAAAUACCGCUUACUCUGCAUUCUGCUUCGGAGUUGGUUCGCCUCUGCCUGCGCAAAUCAGACGUGCAGGAGGAAAGCGAGGUCUCGGAUAACGUGGAUGAAAGCAAGGAUUUGGCAGCUUUUGAGGACAAUGAGGUGCAGGAUGAGUUUUUGGAGAAACUAGAGACGUCAGAGUUCUUUGAGUUGACUCCGGAAGAGAAGUUGCGGAUACUUGCAGCGCUCUGCCACCGGAUCCUAAUGACGUACUCGGUGCAGGACCAUGUGGAGGCCGAGCAGCAGACCUCAGCUGAGCUGUGGAAGGAGCGCCUGGCUAUCCUGAAGGAAGAAAACGACAAGAAGAGGGCGGAGAAACAGAAGCGAAAAGAAAUGGUGGCCAAGAACAAGGAGAACGGGAAAGAUGAGAAUAUGAUGGGAAGAAAUGAGAAGAAAAAAUCUGAGAUGAUGAAAAUAGAGCACCGGGUAGAAAUAGAAGCUGAUAUGAUCAGUGCUGUGAAGAGCAGGCGCCUUCUUGCCAUCCAAGCCAAGAAAGAGAGGGAGCAACAAGAAAUCCAAAUGAGAGUGAGGAUGGAGAAAGAAGCAGAGGAAGAAAGAAUCCGGAAGCAUAAAGCUGCAGCUGAGAAAACUUUCCAGGAGGGAAUUGCCAGAGCGAAACUGGUGAUGCGCAGGACCCCAGUUGGCACGGAUCGUAAUCAUAACAGGUAUUGGCUGUUUUCAGAUGAGGUUCCUGGCUUGUUCAUUGAGAAAGGCUGGGUCCAUGACAGUAUAGACUACAGAUUCAUCCUUCCCCGUCAGAAAAAAGAAGAUUUAAAAAAGGACUACAGCCCAGGAGGUGCUGAAGAUAAACACUUAACUGGAGCUAGGGGCAGAGUGAACAAGCUUCACCGGUCUGUGCCUGCUGCAGACCUUCCCGCGGAGACCACGGCACCCAAGCAGGGACAGAACUUAUGGUUUCUCUGUGACAAUCAGAAGGAUUUGGAUGAGCUGCUGGAUUGCCUGCACCCACAAGGAGUAAGAGAGAGCCAGCUAAAGGAGCGUUUGGAUAAAAGGUAUCAGGACAUCACGCAUUCUAUCCAUUUGGCCCGGAAACAGAACCUGGGCCUCAAAUCCUGUGAUGGCCACCAGGAACUGCUGAACUACCUCCGAAGUGAUCUGAUUGAGGUUGCAACUCGGCUGCAAAAAGGAGGGCUGGGAUACGUUGAUGUGACACCGGACUAUGAAGCCAGA